ACUCUCUCGUCAUCAUCUGCCAAAGUCAGAAACAAAAGCCAAAAGUGUUUUGCUGUUUUUCCUGUUCGAACGCGAAUCCGCAGUUUUACGUGUUUUCCCCGCUACAAGUUCUGAUCCCGUUGUGAAUUGUUGCGUGCCAAGUGCGAAGUGCCUUCACCGCCGCCACCGCCAUGAGCUCCUCUGGCCGCGAGGGACAUUCCUCCGGGAUGCAAAUGUCCACCUCGAGUACGGUGCUCAGCAUGGCGGAGAAGCAAAAGUACAUCGAGGAUUACGACUUUCCGUACUGCGACGAGUCCAGCAAGUACGAGAAGGUUGCCAAAAUCGGCCAGGGUACUUUCGGCGAGGUGUUCAAGGCGCGCGAGAAGAAAUCCAACAAGAAGUUCGUCGCCAUGAAGAAGGUUCUGAUGGACAACGAGAAGGAGGGUUUUCCGAUUACGGCACUGCGCGAGAUCCGGAUCCUGCAGCUGCUGAAGCACGAAAAUGUGGUGAAUCUGAUCGAGAUUUGUCGGACCAAGGCCACGGCCAACAAUCGCUACCGGUCGACGUUUUAUCUGGUGUUCGAUUUCUGCGAGCACGAUUUGGCCGGAUUGUUGUCGAACAUGAACGUUAAGUUCAGUCUGGGUGAGAUCAAGAAGGUCAUGCAGCAACUGCUGAAUGGGUUGUAUUACAUCCACAGCAACAAGAUCUUGCAUCGGGACAUGAAGGCUGCCAACGUUCUGAUAACGAAGAAUGGCGUUCUGAAGCUGGCCGAUUUCGGAUUAGCUCGAGCUUUCAGCAUAACUAAAAACGGUCAAGCGAACCGUUACACCAACAGGGUGGUAACUCUGUGGUAUCGCCCGCCGGAACUGUUGCUCGGCGAUCGCAACUAUGGACCUCCGGUGGACAUGUGGGGAGCCGGAUGCAUUAUGGCCGAAAUGUGGACUCGUUCGCCAAUUAUGCAAGGCGCAACGGAACAGCAACAGCUGAUCUUCAUUUCGCAACUGUGCGGAUCAUUCACAACCGAGGUCUGGCCCGGCGUAGACAAUCUGGAACUGUACCAGAAGAUGGAGCUCCCGAUGGGACACAAGCGCAAAGUGCGCGAUCGAUUACGGCCGUACGUAAAGGACCCGAACGGGGUCGACCUUCUAGAUAAGCUACUCAUCCUGGAUCCGAAAGAGCGCAUCGAUGCGGAUUCCGCGCUGAAUCAUGACUUCUUCUGGACUGAUCCGAUGCCAAGUGACCUGAGCAAGAUGUUGUCCCAGCACACGCAGAGUAUGUUCGAGUACCUGACGCCGCCGAGACGCGCCUGCCAGAUGCGCCAGUAUCAGCAGCAGAUGGUCAACACGAUGCAGCAGCGGCCGCAGGAUAACAGCUACCAGGACCGCGUGUAUUAAGACGAUGCAGCGGGCCGGAGGGACCGUGCGGUCGUAUGACUAGAUCUUUCUCUGAUACCAUUACCUAUUAGUGGCUAGAAUUAAUGAACUGUUUAGCUAUAAUCAUUUAUAUUUUCUGUUUUGGAGAAUACAACGUUUACUUUAUAACGCGA